AUGGCUUUGCUGGCCACGGCGGCGUCCAACAAUCCUGUGGCGAUGAGUUCUCCCAUGAUUGCUCCUGGCGUGGUGCGCUCCCUCUAUCGCAUGCUGCUUCGUGAGGUGGUAAAGCUAGACAAAUCCUCGGUGUCGAAGACGCUCUUUCCGCUUACAAAGGAGUUACAGGCCAUAACGAAAAAUCGUGGGCCGCUGUAUGUGCCAAACGGUGUAAAGUAUUUGGACAUUCUCCGCGAGGUGUUUCGUGAUGGGCAAUCGCCAGCGAACGUGAAUUUGGCUUUUGACACUUUAACCCGCAUGCGCACGCACAACGAGAAGGUAACUGCCAAGGUCUCUCUCUUUAUGAAGGAUCAUACCUUUCUCAUGAGCACGUUGCAGGCGUCGCGGCCCAAAACAGGCACUUACCGCGCCGAGCCAGCCGCAUGUGUCGUGCAGAAUGGUCCCAUGUAUGCACCCUUAGGAGACCCCACCUUUUCUGUUCCCACGAAGGUGGUCCUGCGGCAAACACGCACAGUUGACCUUGCCGAAGGUGUUGCUUUGGUCGCCCAUCCACUUUCCUCCACGCAUGUGGAUCGGCGCGUGAUGUUGAUUACUGAACGCAAUCCACAUGUUACCACCGCCGUUGUUUUAGAUAUGUUGUUCACCUACCCCUUGUCUCGUGGAAAUCCGAUGUUCCCUGAGGUUUUUUGGGGGCAUGAGGUGCAUGACGGUGGUUCUUCGCAAAUUGGAUUUACCAUGCCGCCCACUGCACAGAUCAGCAUUCUGCACACGACAGAGCCUCCGACAGAGCCCGCCUCUCCUCAGUAUCUCGCGUGGAUAAAGUGGAACGAACGCAAGGCUAAAUCCAAAGUAAGUGAUGUGCCCUCUGAACAUCAUUCGCUUCUCUGUAAGCCGUUGAUUCGGGGUGGCACUUUGGAGGAUGGCACGGUGGAGCCUACAUUGUACCUCUCCAAGGUGGAGGCGUUGCCCUACUUGGCCCAGCUUGUGCCAGGUCAGCCACGAUCCUCCCUGCGGGUGUACUGGGGCAGCAUGCGGUGGCCGACGCAGCAGUUGGAGGCUGAGGUGGCCAAUGGGCAUUGGUUUCCGGUAAAGCUUUCUCCGUCGUUUUUUAGACCUUUCCCGUUGCUGUCGGAAUCUGGAGGGGUGGUCGAUCGGUUUCCAACGAAGGAAGAACUGGAGGAGGCACGAACAAUGCGUGAGCGACGCUACGGUGUGGAUGUGUCACUGCCGCAGGCUUUUCCGCCAGAUCAAAUUAUGCGGCGUCGCGAAUGUCUCUGGGACGAAAUUAUGUACUGUCUUGGCGGCGAGUUCAGUGCCCUGGUGGGGUGCGUGAACCCGUUUUCGGGCACGGCGCGGGGAGUGUUGCCGUUGGAGGUCGCUGGGCCUUCUGUGAUGGGCGCGAGUUUGCCCGCCGAGGACGCCGGCGCCCUCCUCUCGGAGGAAGACGAGUUGGAGGAGGCAGAGAGCGACGACGACGGCGACGAGCACGAUUUUGUGCUGAGCGAUGCGCCGAUGGGCGGAGCGGCGCCGAAGGGAGAUGGCGAUGCGGCUCCGCCAACGCCGCCAGCGGGAGGAGGCAACGACAAGGAAAAGGGAUAA